AUGACCACAAUUCAAGAGGUGGAGGAUUUUGACAUGUGGGGAAUCGACUUUAUGGGGCCGUUUGUCAGCUCGUAUGGAAAUAAAUACAUAUUGGUAGUGGUUGACUAUGUCUCCAAAAGGGUCGAAGCGGUCACUCUCCCAACCAAUGAUGCGAAAGGGGUAAUAGGCUUUCUAAAUAAAAAUAUCUUCACAUGUUUUGGCACCCCGAGAGUUAUAAUCAAUGAUGGUGGAACCCACUUUUGCAAUAGAGAAUUCGCACGGCUGUUGGAAAAGUAUAGAGUUCGUCAUAAAGUGACCACCCCUUAUCACCCACAGUCGAGCGGGAAAGUUGAAGUGUCAAAUAAGGAAAUUAAAAGUGUCCUUACAAAAACAGUGAAUGCAACAAGGACCGAUUUGGCGAAGAAGUUGGAUGAUGCAUUGUGGGCGUACCGCACAGCCUUCAAAACUCCAAUUGGUAUGUCACCGUACAAGUUGGUGUUCAGAAAGGCAUGCCACCUUCCGAUAGAGCUCGAACAUAAAGCACUUUGGGCAUUGCGGCAGUUGAACUUGGAUAUGGAGACAGCAGGCACCAGCAGAGUCAUUAGGUUACAUGAGCUCGAUGAAUUCAGGUUCCAAGCAUUUGAGAGUGCUAGAUUAUACAAAGAUAGGAUGAAACUAAAGCAUGAUAAGCACAUCUUGGAUCGGAACUUCAAAUCCGGAGAUCUAGUGUUGUUAUACAACUGA